AUGGAGGAUAUCGCACCUGGUUUUCGGUUCUACCCGACUGAAGAAGAGUUGGUUUCAUUUUAUCUUCAUCACAAGCUAGAAAUGGAGAGGGAGGAUUUGAACCGUCUUAUGGAUCGGGUUAUACCCAUUGUCAACAUUUAUGAGUUUAAUCCUUGGGAUCUUCCACAAUUUUCAGUGUACCUAUGCCAUAAGGAUCCAGAACAAUGGUUCUUCUUCAUUCCAAGGCAGGAGAGUGAAGCUCGGGGAGGAAAGCCAAAGCGGCGAACAACAACUGGGUACUGGAAGGCAACUGGCUCACCUGGUUUUGUUUAUUGCUCCGGUAAUCGCCCUAUAGGCGUUAAAAGAACCAUGGUUUUCUACAAGGGAAGAGCUCCCAAUGGAAUAAAGACUGAGUGGAAAAUGAACGAAUAUAAAGCCAUUGAACAAGGAGCUUCAUCUAUUUCUGCAACUCCAACUUUAAGGCAUGAAUUCAGCUUGUGCCGGGUAUACAAAAAGUCGAAAUGCUUGCGGUCAUUUGACAGGCAGCCUCCAGUAGGAGGAGUGCAGAUAAUUAAGCCAAAUGCAGCAGCUCAUCAAGGUGAAGCAACUGCUGGAGAAGCAGCUUCUGGUUAUCAUAAGAGCCAACAAAUGGCGGGCUCACCCGAAAGUUCAUCUUCAGAAGAUCACGGGAACCCCUCUCAAACUGGAGCAAGUAAUGACUCAUCAGCAACUGUUUUUAAUUAUGAUGAAUUGUUCUGGAAUCUUGAUGGCUUCUGGGAGUCCCAGAUUCUUUGAUGGGAAAAAUAAGGUUUUUGAAACUUCAGUUGUAACAAGUUUUCUUUCUUUUUUCGUGUUUUAUGCUAUAAACCCAUUUUAACUUCGACAUUAAUGUACCUUUUUUCAUCUUUAUUGGUUUGAUCAUUGUUUCAACUCAAUUAUAGAAGUGAAACAUAGUGUUAAUUAUGAAUGCUAUAGUA